AUGUGGAGAAAAGCAGUUGGAAGCUAUUUCAGUAGCAAAGGCAAAGAGGAGAAGGACGAUGAUGGCCCGUCUGAUAGUGAACUAAAUAAUGAAAAUGCAGAGAAUGCAGAUAGUGUGGACAAAGUUGAUAAAGCUGAUAAAGACGAGUCUAAUGACGAAGAAACAUCAAAGUCAAAAAGAACACGAAGAGGCAGAGGGCCAACAAAGAAAACAUCAAAGGGAGAGGAUAAUAAGUGUGAAAAUGGCAUAUUAGAAAAUAAUGAAUCUGAUGAUUAUAUUAAUAAACAUAGUAGUGGAGAAAAUCAUGACAAUAAUGAUGAUAAUCCUAGUACCUCCACAAAAGAAAAGAGCAUAAUUCUGGAAGAAAAUGAUGAUAUCGAUAAAAAUUUUAAAAACAAAAAAACAAAUAAAGUAGAAGAGGAGGAGGAGGAGGACGAGGACGAGGACGAGGACGAUGAUGAUGAUACAAACGAGGUACAUCACAAAAGACGAUCUAAACCUUACAACAAAAAAGACGAACUUAAUAAAAAUGAAAGUUCAACAGAAAAGAAUCAAUCGGACGAAAAAAAGGGCAGAGAAAAAAUUAGAGAAGAACAAAAUAGUGACCUACAUGAAAAAAUGAAAUUAAUUAAGGAGAAGAUGAAAUCGAGUGAACUGAAUCAAGCAGAAAAUGCAAAAGGACCAAGGGACAGAAGCAAGCAGAGGGGUAGGAGUAGAGAAGUGGAUAAACACAAAAGAAAGCAUAAGAACUUAUCAUCCAGUAGUGAUGAAGCCCAUUCGUCUAAAAGGAAGAGGAGGAGUGGGGAGAGAACCAUAGAGGAGAAGGUCGAGCGUGCAGGUAGGCACAGACAUAAAAGCAAAGAAAGGGACAGAAGUAAAGAAGCUAUUAGAAGUAAAGAAGUUAUUAGAAGUAAAGAAGUUAUUAGAAGCACAGAAAGGGACAGAAGUAUAGAAAGAAUUCAAAGCAAAGAAUUGGGAAGGAGCAGAGGGAGACACAGAAGCAGAAGUAGACAUAGAAGUAGACACAGAAGUAGACACAGAAGUAGAGAAAGAAGCAGAGACAGAAGUAGAGACAGAAGCAGAAGUAGACACAGAAGCAGGCAUAGCAGGCGCAGAAGAGAUAGGAGUAAAAGGAUUAACAGCAGUAAUAGCGAUGAUAGCAGCGAUGAGAGACAUCAUCGUAGCCAUCACAGGUCAAGAAGAAGAACAAAAAAAAGAAGUUCGAGAAACAGUAGUGAUAGGGAAAAAUCGAGUGAAAGUGCUAAAAAUAAAAAUGGAUAUGAUAAAAAGGAUAGAUCAACUUCAAGUGAAAGAAGAAGCAAAGACUCAAAAAAAAAAAAGAAGACAAAAUGGGAUACAGUUGAUGAGAAUUUAUUGAAAAAUGGCUUAUUAGAUAACAAUUCGAAUGGGUUACUUCAACAACAAAAUUUAGCAUUAGCAAAUAACUUGGGUGCAAAUAAUAAAAUUACCCCAUUAGGAAGAAAUCCGUAUGAAGUAGAAGGUGAUAAAAAGCAAAGAAAAUUAUACAUAGGUAAUAUUCCUCCAACUUCAAAACAAGAAGAGUUAAUGGAAUUUUUCAAUAGUACAUUAGCAUCAAUUAUAAAAGAUUCAAGUUUAGAAAUAAAAAUUGGAGAUAUUGUAUUGCAGCCCAUACUAAAAUGUGAAAUAUUUAAUGCCGAAUCACGAUUUUGUUUUCUAGAAUUUAGAAGCUUAGAAAUUACAUGGCUAUGUCUAAGGUUAGAUGGUAUUUCGUUCAACAAUUUUGCAUUAAGAAUAGCAAGACCACAUGAUUUUGUUCCACCAACGGGGGUAGAUCCAGCCUUAACUGCUGUUUUUACAGAUAUUAAUAUGGAAGUAUAUGAAAUGGUAAAACCGGUUAAAAUUGCACCAGUAAGAAGCACAGGGGAUGAUGAUAAUAAAUUAUAUAUACAAAAUUUACCACACGAUUUAAAGGAUGAUCAAUUAAGAGAUUUGUUACAACAAUUCGGGAAAUUAAAAGGAUUUAAUGUUAUAAAAGAUCCGAAUACUGGAUAUAAUAAAGGGUAUGGAUUCUUCGAAUAUGAAGAUCCUAGUUGUACACAAGUUGCUAUGCAUGCUUUAAAUGGUUUUGUGUGUGGACAGAAUAUACUUAAUGUUAAAAAAGCUACAUUUGGUAAAAGCCAAAGUACUGCACAAAACGCAAAUAACGUAAUCAUACAACCCAGCAUUGUAGAUUUACCAGUGUCACUUUUACCAAACUCUAUUUCACAAAAAAUUCUAAGUAAUUCCAUUAUAGGCUUACAAAUUCAAGCAUCCAGAAAAAUAGGUGAAAAAUCAUCUCGUGUGGUUCAGUUAACGAAUGCUGUUUUUCAGGAAGAUUUGCUUAUUGAUAGUCAAUAUGAAGAAAUACUAAGGGAUAUUAAGGAAGAAGCUGAAAAAUAUGGACCGCUUCAAAAUAUUGUAAUUCCAAAACCAAGCAAGGAUUUGUCCUAUACAGAAGGAGUCGGAAAAAUUUUUCUUCAUUAUGCAGAUGAAACUACUGCAAGAAAGGCUCAGUAUAUGUUUAAUGGUAGACUUUUUGAAAAAAGAGUAGUAUGUGCUGCAUUUUACUCUGAAGAAAAAUUUCUAGCAGGCAAAUAUGUCUUAUCAUAA